CACACAUUCGGCAUCCGCACAAUAUGAGGUUCUCCCUUGCAUCCACCCUGGUGGUGACGCUCGCCGCUCAGGCAACGGCUAACAGCUGGUUUGGAAACGCUGGUGCGUAUAUCUACGACAAGUGGCACGAGACGGAGCUCGAGCGCUGGCUCUCGGACAACAACAUCCCCCACCCAGGGCCUUCUGACCGCAAGAGUCUCCAGAACACUGUCAAGGCCCACUGGAACGACAAGGUCGUCACUCCCUACACCAGCUGGGACGCCCAGACCCUAACCAACUACCUUGCCCUCAAGGGCCAGCAGGCGAAGAAGGGCACCGAGAAGGACACCAAGAGCCUAGCCGAGCAGGUCAAGGUCUACUGGACUGAGACUGAGGAUUCAACGAACCAGGCUUACAGCAACGUCAAGGAGUGGAUCUUCGACUCAUGGUCGGACUCGCAACUCAAGGCAUUCGCCGAUAAGCACGGCAUCCCAGUUCCCCAGCCCCGCCAGCGUGACUCCCUUCUUAAGGCUGUCCGCGAAAACUACCAGUCUGCCGCCGAGAAGGCCAAGGAGACCGCAAACUACCCAGGCGACUGGCUCUACGCCUCCUGGUCCGAGUCUGACCUCAAGGCUUGGUUCGACGAGCGUGGCUACAACGUUCCCCAGCCCUCCACCCGCGACUCGCUCAUUGCCAAUCUCCGCCGCCAGUCCCGUCUUGCCAGCUUGAACGCUCAGGGUGCCUACGCUUCGGUCUCUUCUGCUGCUGCUUCUGCUCAAUCGAGCCUCAGUGACGCGCUCCUUGACUCAUGGUCUGAUAGCCAGAUCAAGGAGUGGGCCGACAAGAACGGCAUCAAGGUUCCCCAGGGCUCCAAGCGCAACGAGCUUAUCGCUCUUGCCCGCAAGCACCGUGCCCGCAUCUAUGGUGACAGCGCUUCCGCCACUGCUGCCUCUGCCUAUGGCGCCGCUACCUCCCAGGCCGGUAACCAGUACGCUGCCGCUACUGGUGGCCUUGCCUACUACACCAACUUGAUCAAGAACCAGUUCGGUAUUGCUACGGAUGCCGCUGCCGCCAGCGCGUACUCUGCUUCCGCUCGUGCUUCUUCCAGCGCCACCUCGCUCACUGGCUCUGCCGCCAAGGCUGCCUCUUCGUCGUCGUCUUCCAUCUCCAAGUCUGCUGCCAGUGCUUCCGCUGCCGCCUCCAAGUCGGCCUCGAGCGCUUCCGUCGCUGCCUCCAAGUCUAUUGCCAGCGCUUCCGCCUCUGCCGCCUCGAGCGCCAGCUCCGCGUCUGCUAAGGCCAAGCAGGAGUUGUAAGCGACUCUUCAACAUUAGACAAGGAUCGUCUAGUCAUAUUGUCUCACGCAUAUGAUUAUUGCCUGACGUAUCACAUCACAUUACGACACGACCUUACGACAUGCGUAUGGAUUGGUGAAAAAUGAAAAGAGCGAGUAUUGGGACCUUGUAAUAUUAGGAUCACGACGAUGAUAUCCCCUCGGUGGCCUAGUGGCAGGCUGUCCGAUGGUUUCUGUGCUUUUCCUUUCUGGCUUAUGAAAUGGAAGGAUGGCGUCUACAUAGCUUAGUUUGCGUUAGUAAUUGAAAAAGUAUAAUCGCAG